AUGGGCCGCCCACCAGGGUCUAGGCGGCUGGGCCAGGGGAACAGCCCUGGGUGCCUGGCCGGGGCGAGCCAACCCCUCGGCCGCCUUGAAACAUGUCCCAGGGCGUCUCGGCCGUUCGCCCGCCACUGCGCGGGCCCGGGCGGCUGUUCGGGCGGACGGGGUUGGGCUGGGCGGUCCCCUGCCACCCAGGGCCCCCCCUGUCGUUACUGGCGCUGGCUCGACACAGCUGCUUGCUCCAAGUGCUGUGCAUGCAAGACAAUUGUACCUUUGAAUUUAGGUGCUUCCAAUGAGAAGGGGAGAUUUCCUAUUUGGCCAGAAUGGAAUGAAGGAGAUAUCAAUGCAGAAAAAUGGGAUACUGGAAAAGUUGGGAAAGAGAAAGAAAAGCCUGGGAAAAGUCCCAUUUCACCUGUCUUUGAUGAUCCUGAAGGGAAAAUUGAGUUGCCAAAGUCAUUGAAGGUGCAUUCAUGGAAACGUCCACAUGAGUUUUUAACAACUAAGAUUCCUGUGGUGGUCCAGAAUGAAACCUCAUUUGACCUUGUUUCAGCAAAUGAGCAUAUAUUUCGUAGUGAGCUGAUGAGAUGGAUUGUAAGUGACAUAUACGCAGUCUGGAGGAUAUAUAAUGAAAAGACCUUCACUAAUGAAACAUCCACACUUCUUUGGAAGCCAUGGGAACACAUUUAUGCCUUAUGUAAAGGUACCAGGGAACACAUGCCACUGUACAACAGCUAUGGAAAAUACAUAGUGAAACUUCAUUGGAUGGGGUGCUGGAGAAAGAUCACUGUCGAUGACACUAUGCCUUUCAACGAAGAGGAUAAUCUAUUACUACCAGCUACGACCUGUCAAACUGAACUAUGGCCAAUGUUGCUGUCCAAAGCUAUUAUUAAGCUGGCAAAUACUAGUAUACAUGACACUGGAAAAAGAGAGCUGGAGGAAUUUACAGUUCUACAUACACUGACUGGAUGGAUACCAGAAAUUAUUCCUCUCCAGCCUGAAUACUUGGACAAAGUCUGGGACUUUUUGAAAGAGACUGUGCCGGAAUUUAGGCUGCCAAAUAAGAAAACUCCAGAACCUGAUAUUCCUCAGUCAGAUAUGAAACCUGAAGAGAUCAGAGUCUCAGAGUUAAACACCACAGUUUCAUCUGUGAAUAAGCCAUCAGACAAACCUGAGAAAGCUGAUAAAAUUGGUAAAGAAAAGGCAGAGAAGGGAGAAACUGGAAAGAAGAAAAGCAGAGGAGAAAAAGAAAAAAACAAGCUAGCACCUAAGUCUCCACAAAAGUUGGCAGAAGCCCAGCAUUGUCUUCAGGCCUUUACUGAAAAAUCUUCUGUGUCAACCCAUCCAGAAAUGGUUGUGUAUGCAUGCUGUGUACCACUACAUCUGUUUGAAGAGGAUGUUUUUACAUUAGGGCAAAUGGCUGAUUCUUCAGAAAAAAUGAGGCUGUAUGGGCUUUCCCAUACAUACAGCCACCCUGUCCUCCUCACUAGAACUAGAUCUUGCCCUCUGGUAGCACCAUUGCAGCCACCACCGGUUCCUCGUUGGAAGGUUUUCCGUCAGAAAAAGGAAACUGUUGUGACAUCUGAACCCCAAGAGCCUGAGGAAAAGAAACCUGAAGACUAUGUUGAGAUUACUAGCCCAUUUCUGAACUACAAAUUGAAUCUUCUCACAGUAGCCACUGAUUUCCACUUUCCAGAGUCUGCCACCAAAAAAGGAUUUCGUUCUGUAUCCUGUCUCCCUUCUGUUGCUGAAUGUGAUGAAAAUAUAAAUGACAGUAAUGUGGAUGUGAAUCAUAAUGGGAGAGACUCAAAUGCAGAAUAUUGUUCUCAGGAGACCACCUUCUUUUCUCAACAAAAUACAGAGAAACCCAUUGAAGGAAAAUUACAUGAGAAUGAUGAAGAGCAAGUGUCAGAAACAGCUGAUGCUGUUCUGAACAACCAGGCAAGGGAUAAAUCAGAGGAAGAGCCCGAGUCUGAAAAGACUUCUGUUUCCAGGGAAACCUGGAUUAGCUAUGAAGACUUCUGUGUUUGUUUCCAGAACCUGUAUGUUUUUCACAAGCCACAAACCUAUGCUUAUAACUAUCAGAAAAUGGACUUUAAGUUUACAGAGGACCGAGUCUUCUAUUAUUUACUUGUGGACAGCCUGAGGCCCAUUGAAAUCCUGGUUAGCUUUUCUGCAUUAGUAUGCUGGGGUGAUAUUGGAGGUACUAAACAAGAAUGUUCUAGCACUCCAAAAGGCAUGCUGAUGGUUGAACGUUUUUCUUGGAAGUGUGUGACUCCUGGAGAACUUGUGUUAAAGAUGCAUACAUCUGCAACCAAAGCUACUGUGUUAAAUCUUCCUCUUGGGCGACAUAUAUUGCUCUUCACAGUAAGUUCUCCCAUAGGGCACCAUAUUCAGAUAUGUAGCAUGGUGCCAUGUGUCUUUGGAGAGGAGGAUGCUGUGUUUCCAGGCCUUGAAAAGGAAAGCUGCCGGUUUAUAGAGCAAGCUACAGCUAUUAUGAAAGCUAUUGGAAAUGUGAUAAAUAAUUUCAGCAGUAUGCCAGAGCUUUCUAAAGCCUUGAAGGAGUUGGAACUAACUCACUGUCCUCCUGGUCUCUGUGAUACUGGAGUGGUUGAAGAACACUUCAAGGUUUUCAAUGCAUCAUUUUGGUGUUUGAUGAAAUACAUAUUAAGCAAGAAGGUUCCUUACAGCUAUAAAUUUGCCUUCAGGUCCUUCUCUUUGGAUUUUAAAGACACUGAUGUUUUGGAGGAUGACACUGUGUCUUCAGAGAAUUGUGAGAAGAAUACUCUUAGUAGUUGGGAGAACAGAACUCCCACUCCCGAAGAAGAAGCAGCAGCUCUUAAACUUCAAGCCAUCUGGAAAGGGACCUAUGUUAGGAAAGUGCUGAACAGCAGAAAACCAGGUACUAAAGAAAAUGCUAACGUCCAAGAAACCUUCCAAAAACUGUGGGCUGUGAUUGAGUUGAAUUUUGAGCACUAUGCUGUAAUGCUCUUAAGAGAAAUGUUUAAGAGAAACUGUAAGUCAGUUGAAAAUUUUCCUUGUUAUGAAGAUGAGUGGUGUAAGCUGUCCUUUGCUGACUAUGCUGUAACGUAUGGUGAUCAGGCACCAAAUGUGUGGUUUGUGGUAUUUAGGGAAGUAUUUCUUGUUCCAGAAGAUAUGCUUAUAGUGCCAAAGGUGUACACUGCUAUCCCUUCCUGUAGGCUUCAUGUUGUUGAUAAUGACACGCUGGAAGAAAUGCCACAUGUGUUUCACCAAGUGGCACCUCGUGUUUAUAGCAAAAACAAGAAAGGAUACACGUUCAUGGCUGAAGCACAUACUGGUGACCUGCCUCUGGCAGCUGGAAGGUGGAGGCUCCGGCUCAUCGGUUCUCACAGCCCGCUCCCGUUUCUCUCCCGUGAGGCUGUAAAUAAUGACUACUCUACUAAAGCAAUUAGAGACUAUUACCUACCUAAUGACAACCAUGUAAUAUUCAGGUAUUCAGUCAAAGUCACAGCAUCACAUGUUGCUACAGUGCAGGUACAAACCUCUAAAGCAGAUGUGUUCAUUAAGCUGCAAGUUCUAGAUAAUGAGGAAGAAAUGGUGAAUGUCACUGGAAAAGGCCAUGCAGUCAUCCCUGCUUUUCAUUUCUUGAGCAAUGAAAUGCUUCCAAGUUCCCACUCAAGCAAAGCCCAGGUGAUUCAAAGUAAUACAAAGAAGGAAUCAGGAACUGGAGGAUCCAAAAAAAAAGGUCAAAUUUUAUCUGUCAAGGACAGCAAAACUUCUUUGAAGACAGGUCCAUCCUUAUUGGAAGAUGAAUCUUUCCACUUGGAAAACUCUCCAAAUAGUGACAGAAGUCUACAACAAUCUCACAGGUACAUCAUACAAGCAGUGGUGUUGUACGAUAGUUGGCCACUUACUAAGACUGAGUCCCUGUUUGUUCAAGAACUGAAAGAAAUGGAGAAAAAUGAAAACAGAGUGUACAGAGAAAAGCAGGAGAAGCACAGCUUUCCCCUAAUGCUUAAUACUUUGGAAGGACAGAAGAUUGCAAGUAUUCCUAAAUCAACCAGAAAAUCAAAAGAGAGAGCACCUGAGAAGACAGAAAAAGAGAAUUCCACUAAAGAAAGGGGAUCAAUUUUAUCGCUUGCAUCCCGAUCUGAAUCUUGGCAAGCUGCUUCAAACAAACCUUACUGGACUUUACGUGUAGUGAGUGAACAGAGAGACGCAGAUGUUGUGGAGGUGAAGAAAGACACCCAGCGAGCAGAUGAGAUCAAAGCCAUGAAGCAAGCAUGGGAGUUUGCAGAGCUAGGAAGAGCUGUCAAGGCUUUUCAGGAACGCAUGAGGUUUAUUAAUAGCUGUCUUGGGAGAGACUCGGAGAAGCCCGGAGCUGAGACUGAGACUGCUGCUUUAACACCUAGUUCAGAAGAAAGAGGAAAGAAAACAUCACAAGCAGCUAUUGCCUCAAGCUUACGAACUCACCCAAAAAAAUGGGAGCCUAUUGACCUUAGUCCUUACUUGAGCAAAACCAUGCCUCAGGCUGUGCUGAGGACUGAGUCUGUCAUUCAACAGCAAGAGAGACGCAAGGCUGAAAAGAUCAACCACUUCAGGGAGCUUCGAGAACUGGCUUUGGAGCAGAGGGAAAAAGAACAGAAUGCCAGAAGUGUAUUGAAGCAAAAUGUACUCGAAAUGUAUGAGAAUCUGCAGGCAUCCCUAGAUGAACAACGAGGCCGAAUUCUCAGCGUUCGGGAAGCAUACAGAAGUAAGCUGCUUGAGGCUGAGCGCAGAAAGCAAGAAGAGCUGGCAGCUCAGGAAGCAGCUCUGCAAGCAGAGCAAGAGAGGAAGAGCCCAGAUGCACAGAAAAAAAAGGAUGGAAAAGGCUUACUGAAAAAAAGUAGUUGCUAGCACUACUGACUUAUGUUCAACAGAUGGAGAAAGGAAGUUUCCAUGCAAAGGUGAGAAAAUGUUUUGUUACUUUCCAGUCUUUGUGUCAACUGUAGCACAUUUUAUCUCUUCACCUGAUGCUAGUAAAAACACUGAUCUAACAGUCCUCUUCCUAAGAAAGUGUUUGGCAUUUUGCUUCUCACUACUGUUAAAGUUUGAAUGCUUUGCCAGAAUAAAAUUUUCCAGCAAAAAA